CUACAUCCCUAUCAUACACAUUUCCAGAGGAAAUUGCAAGAAGAUGGAGGCCAAAACUUGGGGCUUCUGGGCCACCAAUGGUUCUUCCCCCUUCAACUUCACUCUACCAUCGAAUUUUGGCAAGCGACCCACUGACCUGGCUCUAAGUAUCAUCUUAGUAAUCAUGCUCUUCCUUAUCAUGAUCUCCUUGGGGUGUACUUUGGAGUUCAACAAGAUGAAGGCUCACUUCUGGAAGCCUAAGGGGAUUGCCAUCGCCUUGGUCUCUCAGUAUGGGGUGAUGCCACUCACAGCCUUCGCUCUGGGCAAGAUCUUCCAGCUGAACAAUAUUGAGGCCUUAGCCAUCUUGAUAUGUGGCUGCUCCCCAGGGGGGACCCUGUCCAAUGUCUUCAGUUUGGCGUUAAAAGGAGACAUGAACCUCAGCAUUUUGAUGACCACCUGCUCCACUUUCUUUGCCUUGGGCAUGAUGCCUUUCCUCCUGUUUAUCUACUCCAAGGGAAUCUAUGAAGGGGAUCUCAAGGACAAGGUGCCUUAUGGGCAAAUUGCCAUCUCAAUGGCUUUGACACUUAUCCCUUGCACUAUAGGGAUCAUCAUCAAUUCCAAGAGACCACAGUAUGGUCGCUACAUUGUUAAGGGAGGAAUGAUCAUAAUGCUCAUUUCAUCAGUGGCCAUUGCUGUGCUUUCUGCCAUCAAUGUUGGCAAAAGCAUCAUGUAUGUCAUGACAUUUCACCUUGUGGCCACCUCUGCUCUGAUGCCUUUCAUUGGCUUCACCCUGGGUUAUAUCCUCUCAGCUAUCUUACGUCUCAAUGAACGAUGCAGACGCACCGUGAGUAUGGAAACUGGAUGCCAGAAUGUUCAGCUGUGUUCUACCAUCCUCAAUGUGACCUUUCCUCCAGAAGUGAUUGGACCCCUCUUCUUUUUUCCUCUCCUCUACAUGAUUUUCCAGCUUGGGGAAGGGCUUCUCCUUAUUGCCAUCUUUAAAUGCUACAAUAAAAUGAGGACUCCCAAGGAUACAACAAAAAUGAUCUACACAGCUGUAAAUGACACUGCCAAUGAAGCAGGAGCAAGAAUUAUGGUCAAUGGUACAAGCGUGGCCUAAACUUAAGUCUUACCUCACAAGCAACUAAAUCUUAUCUACAAGAGUGCCAUCCCAAAUGCUAGCAGCAAGGCAUGAAGUACACAACAGAAAGAACAGCAUUAUCUGAAAUAAGGAGCAAACUCUGCUGUGUCCUUUGUAAUCAAUUCCAGUUGUAACCACCAUGAUCACUUGAUCAUGGUACUAGAUGUUAUUUAAUAGCCAACAAUAACCUGAAACUUUUUCUGGCCACACACAAUAAAGUGAGAUUAAUGGAAUUUGGCAAUUUUUUUGUUCAGUAAAAUAUAAAGUUUUAAGUGUUUAUUAUGAAAAA